AUGAACUCGACUGCACGCGUAGCAGCCGCCACGUCUCCGCCCACGGAAGCGGCAGCAACGACCGACAGUUGUGACCAAGAGGCUGUUGAUUUCUCCAAACCGUCUUCAAAUGUACUUGGUGAUCAUGAAAAUUACGACCUUUUCGGCUGUGGCCCCAGCGUUUUUGAGGUCGCUUCAGUCGAGGGAGAAGAAGCUGAGCCCAUGACCGAUACGGCUCCGGUAGAAGAAGGGGGUGCGGGUGAAGUACCCAUGUCAUCAAUAGAGUCAUCGUUUACUGCCAAUAACGACCUGUUUCCAGUACUAACGGACAAACCUGAUCAAGCACUAGAGAACUGCAGUGACAGUAGCAAUAGCGGUAGUAGUUGUGGUCAGAGUACUGCUACUAGUACUGCUACUAAUAGCAGCAACAACUUACCAGAAGAACUUCUCGGUUCUAACGGUAAUGCAUUGCAGGUGGCAUCGUCAGCUGUUGAUCAACAAGCCUCAACAAUGACGUACAAGAUGGCGGGUAAUGCAGUGGAUAUUGUCGCAGUGAAGAACACAGAGGGAAAAUACCUGACAACGUCGUGGCACGUGUCUUUCUCGUGGUCACGCUUUCGAACGAGUUUUGCGGCAGGUGUGGGUGAUAUGGUCCGGAUUUUGGUCAAUGGGAAAGAGUUGCCGACCAAAAUGGAGCUGCUGGACCGUGGGAGAUGUACGUUUAUCACGGGAGGCUUGAUAAUUCCACCCGAAGACCUGCUCUUUGUCGAUCUGUCGGAAGGGCAGCCAAAUCAUGUGCGGUUCGAGCACUUUCACAAGUACACGAACACAGUCCGGUAUGUGGACGCCAAGCUGCAUCUGUGGGGACCGAAUGAAUCGGUCGUUGUAGUCGACUUGGACGGCACGCUGACUAUAAGUGACGUGGAAGGACAUAUCCGUACAUUACGACUCGGCCAGUACGAUUUUCUGCAUGCGGGAGCUUGCGAUUUCUUUACGAAGUUGCACGAACUGGGGAUGCGAAUCGUGUAUCUCACUGCACGCCCACUCGACUGGGCUUCAGCGUCGCGUGUACACUUGGAAAAUGCGCUACAACAGUCAAUAUCAUUGCCGCCAGGAGUUCUCAUUACGAAUUCAACAGGCCUCACGGGUGCGCUGUUCACAGAAGUGGUGAACAGAACACCGCACCUUUUUAAAAUCCAAGUACUGAACGAGCUGCAGCUCACGCUGAUUCACGCUGGUCGAGUAGUUGAGCACCCAGUGUUCGUUGCAGGCUUCGGCAACCGGCCAACUGAUAUCGUGGCGUACGAGGAGGUAGGUAUGGACCCCAGUCUCAUUUUCAUGCUGGAUCCGUACUCGAACGUCAAGGUCGUGUCCGAUCCACGUCUUUACGAAUCCUAUAGUGACCCGAACGUGCUGUUGUGGCUGCUACCCAAGCUUAAGCACCGUGUGCCUGUGGAGAAGGUAGGCCGCAUCGACGAUUACACAGUACGUGAGCUUGUUUUAGCUGACGAUCGUGAACAACUACGCAUGGCCGAGAUACAAGCUCGUCGUCUGCAGCAAGAAGAGAUUGAGCGAGCUCGUCAGGAAUCUGGUGAAGCCCGAGCCGGACUUACUAAUGCUCUUCGCGCCAGCAGCAGAAGUCUUUUGCCAUAG